CCCGCAGGUCAGACGAUGGCCUCGACGUCGCCUUUCGCAGCGCCGGCGACCGUUCAAUGGUGCAGGCCAUCCGGUCUAGAAUCUACGGCAAGACAAGGACCAGGGACCGUCCUCCUCUCUCCCAGACUCUCCCCCCUGCUGUCUCAGACUCCCCGCAGGCUCCUCGUCGUGCCUCUCGUCCCCCGUCGAUGAAGUCCAUGAAGCCGUACGACAAGGACAACACUGUCCGCAAACACACCGUCCGCGACUCCCACUCACAGCCUAACCGUCUGUCUGCCAUCGACACUUCCAAGAUUGAUUCUAGUUCAAAGGCACAGACAGACGCCAUCACUAUCACACUUGCACAACGCCUAAAUGAACUAGCCACGGCCAAUUCAGAGGGUCUGCUCAACGACGACGAGUACCGCCUUCUUCGACAAAACAUCUUUGAGCGCCUCGCCAGCGGGAGCACCGUGCCGUCUGAGCCCUCGGUCGUCCCCACCGCUUCCCCACACCCCAAACCCUCUCCCUCUACACCAGAUCUGAAGCGUCUCUCUCAUGGCCAGCGCACACCCUCUGUUCGGUCCAAAAACUCCAUCUCCUCCGCCAUGUCCGGCGUGUUCAAACGCGCCAGCCUCCGCCGCAAAGGCAACGCCUCCCACGACACCUCCAGCGUCUACUCCAUGGGCUCCAACGCCUCCUUCCAACGCCCUGGCAUGUCCUGCGAGCUCCGGAACGGCUCCACCUCGCGCCCACACACGCCAAACACGCUCAACGGCGACCGCGAAUCGCUCUCGUCGCGUCUAUUCCCGAGCAACAGCAGCGACCACCUCGGCUCGAGCGCGUACCGCACAUUCUCGCGAAGCAUGCGCAAGCUUUCGACCUCGACGUCAACACCGCCCUCCUCCUUCCCGGGACGGAUACCAGAUCCCGUGCCACACGUUCGCUCGCCCUCGACGAUAUCUGGCGAACCGCUGGACGAAGACGACGAGUACCGGUCCGUAGCCGAGAUCCGCAAAGAGAUGGAGACGAUGGAAGCCGAAGGCCUGCGCCUGCUCGACGCGUUCAACGGGCUCGAGCUCUCCACGCUCACCCGAAAUCAGGGCGGAGCAAGCCAGAACGGACCAAACGUUCCGCGCUCGCCUUCCACACUGGGUGUGCAUCGAAAACCAAUGGACGGCCGGUCGACGCCCGGGCACGGGUCGGACGCCGACAUGCGCUCUGUGCACUCGGGCUCGUCGCUCACCACGUCGCACUCGCGCGCGGGCUCGCACCGCACGGUGCCCUCGCAGCGCCUGGGUGUUGUCAACGGGAUGCACCCCAGCUCGUCGACAUCGUCCACGCGAAAACGGUCCAUGUCGUCGCUGUCGUCGCGGAACCGGGGACUGCACCCAUCGGCGUCGACGCCGAGUGCACUGCCGUCGUCGCCGCUGCGGAAUAUGGACAGCGUGUCGAGCAUCAACCUGAAGGUGUCGCCGACGUCGGUGGUGGAGGAGGAGGAGCAGGAGGUGUACUCGGCGCUGGAAGCUGAGCUGGGGGAGAUUCGGCGGAGAAAGGCGGAGGUGACGCAGCGAUACCAGAGUCGACUCGACUACUUGCGUGCACAGCUGAGGGGGGCGGAGUUGAGGGAGAAGUUGUUGAGGAAGUAGAUGAUACCACUAUACCUUACAUUAUUAAUGAGACAC